UUUCUCUCGUCCCAGCUGUGUGGACAGUGCCACACGCCCUCCAAACAACAACGGCUCUUGCGUGCAUAUUUCAGUGUCUCUUUUGUCAGAGAGCCCAGCAGAGCCGCGGUUCUUCCGGUGCCAGCCCUGAGCUGAGCGAAGAGUGCCCCGCCGAGAUGGUGAAGAUGACAAAAUCCAAAACUUUCCAAGCUUAUCUGCCAGACUGUCACCGAACGUACAGCUGUGCCCACUGCAGAGCCCACCUGGCCAAUCACGACGAGCUGAUCUCUAAGUCUUUUCAGGGAAGUCAGGGACGAGCCUACCUCUUCAAUUCUGUGGUGAACGUGGGCUGUGGCCCCGCGGAGGAGAGGGUCCUUCUUACUGGCCUGCACGCGGUCGCAGACAUCUACUGUGAAAACUGCAAAACCACGCUCGGGUGGAAAUAUGAACAUGCCUUUGAGAGCAGUCAGAAAUAUAAGGAAGGAAAAUUUAUUAUUGAGCUUGCCCACAUGAUCAAAGACAAUGGUUGGGAGUAAAGUGAAAACUUUGUUCUCUUCUGAAACUAUUUUGUGGAAAAAAAACUAAAUGUAAUGGAAACUUAGGAGCAUCCUGGAUGACAGUAUUUCUUGAACUUGAACCUUGCAGGCUGGCCUCUUCCAGCCGCUCCGGUGGUAAGGUGUGCCCUCAGCCUCUGUUCUGUUCAUGUACAUGGUUGUUUCCAGAAUGUUUCAAUGACCUUUUCCUAACUUCUCAAGUUCCAGAGAAGGAAUUAAGCAACUGAUGACUUACCCAUCUAGUUAAUACCUUCUUUUAACCUAUGCCUUUACAAUAGAGUUUGGCUGUGCUCUUUCACGUUCAAUAGAAAACCAAACUGAAUUUCUGCGGGCCACAGGGUUAGGGGCUUUUUAGAAGAGCAAGUUCACUCCUCUCUUUUGGAGUAGGGGUACCGUAGCCCACUUUUUCUCCCCACUAAUUUGUGAAACUACAAAUGGGCUGUUCCUCUUGCAGAUGAGCUGUUAAGGCAUAGUGCUCAUUUAAGAACUUUCCAGAAGCAGUCAAUGAAUCUAUUCGCCAAGGGACCUUUCUUUUCUUUUCUUUUUUUAAAGCCUUGCUCAAAAACAGACACCGCUGAUUACAUUUUAGAUAAGCUAUAAAUAGAGAAGUAUGUCUAAUGAAACAUCUUGUUUAUUUAAGCCAACAGCUUCCUUAUCUCGAAAGCAAGCAUUAGCAAAGAAUGUUCCAGGGGUCUGCAGGGGCACGCUGCUUAGGCUGCAGUCCGGCGGGGCCCUGUGGCAGUGGGGCCUCUGCGUCUGUUGCUGAGGGUGGGUGGUCCACAGAGUUAGAGUGUAACACACUGGACCGAGUAAAAUCGGAUUUCCUUUUCUACUCUGAUGUACUUGAAGAAAAAGGAUUACUUCUGCAUACGUAAGAGGCCAGAACGAGCAGGAUAAACUUCCAAACUUGAGAUUUGGGAGAUUGUUUUAACAUUUUUGUUCAGGAAAGGGUAAAGUUCCAUGACUGAUUUAAACUUUGUAAAUGAAUAUGGGUCUCCCGUGCCCUCCUGGUUCUGUCCCUUGAACUGAAGGGACCUAGGCGGUCUUCUAAGUCCUGUGUCUCGGCCAUCCACCUAUGCCCCUGCGAGGAGAGGCCACUGCAGAAUUUUGGCCAAUGUUCAGAGCAUGGAGGCCAAAGAUCAUUCCCAAAUAAGUUUUGUUUUUCAGUGUUCUAGCCUGACUCCAGCUGCUGGGUCCGGCCAGCUGCUCCAGGGGUCUGGUGGGGAGACCCCUGGACCCAAGUGCUGGGGGUGGGGGCAGGAAGACGGCCCAUGGAGGCAGGGAGAGAGAAGGGCAGCGUGCCCAGAUGUUUCUCCGCCUGGCCAAUGGCUCUGAAAGUACCUGCAGACAAGGUCAGCCCAGUGGCAAAUGUGAGCUGGCCGGGAAGGCUGAGAGGAUGGUUCUAGUCCCGUGGGAGGUCCCUUCCCUCCCUCCCGCCCGCCCUCCCCUGAGCCCCAGAGCCCAUGGUCUGUGCAGGCACCGGGCUCCCCUGGCUGCUUCUGCCAUAGCUGCUCACGUAGUCUCCCUUCUGGCAACCUCUCUUGGCUUAAGCCUUGGAAUGUGGGGAAAUGGCGCUGCCCUGCUGUGGGCGAGGGCACGGGAGCGCGAGCUGGUGUACGCACGUCUCCACGUGUCAGAGGCAGAUCUCUGUACAGCCGUGUAGGUAGGUGUCUGCGCGUACAGGUGCUCCAGCAGGCUGCUGCUUCCUGAGCUGUACCCCCACCCCUGCAGAUGCAGGUUGUCCCAGAGCAGCCCCGUGUUUGAGUUCAUGUGCAGCUGUGCAGCCCUCAGGCUCCCGGGGCGCAGUCCUGCGCUCACGGCCACGGUCAGAAACCUGAAGACGCCGCACUCUUCGAGCUGGCGCGCGAAGCAUGGUUAUCUGCGGCUUUGGUCCUCAGUGGCAGCUUUGGAAGGACAGAAAGACGCCUUGGCUGAGGAGUACUCCUCUUGGAAGACUUCGCCCAAACCGACCCCUCCCUCCUUGCUCGGUGCCUCCAUGAGCCUCAGCGCUGUGGCCGAGGCCCCUAGAGGAUGAGGGAAAUGGGGUCCUGGGGGUGCUGAGGGCAGGGCUCCCGCGUGCUUCUCCACAAGAUCGCGGAAACUGAAGAAUCUUCUCAAAUUCUUCUGACCGAUUUUUGUAUAUACUAAACUUCUAUUUAAAGCUUUUAUAUGUUCUGGGCAAGUUUACUGCUCCUUGGAUUUGAGCACUUUGGUUUUUGUAUUGUCUUUUGUGAUGGCAUUGAAACAUUUUUACUAGUGGUCUUAGGCCUUGUUUUUUGUUUUGUUGGUAAUUGAUACCAACGAAAACCCUUACCACUUUGUUGGUCUUCUGAAAAAUCCAAGCUCCUUUUGAAACCAAAAGAACGGACCGUGAGCUGGCUUCAGGGAAGGACAUUCACACACGAGCCCACAACCGGAUGUGCUGGUAGUGUUGGAAUGUUCCGCCCUUUUAAAUUCCUAAACAGUAAAUAUCAUCCUGUGACUUUUAUUUAAAUUAUUUAAAAUAUUUUUUUCCUUGAAGUUUGGGAGGUGAGGCCAGGAUCAUCAAUGCAUUUGACUUAAACUAUGUGAUGGUCUCUGGCACAGCACAUCUGCUCUAGAAACAUGGUUUAGUUGUUGUUUUAUAUAUACAUAUAUAUAGUAUUUUUAUACCUUAACGCUUAUUCUUGAUGGCAUCUGUCAGAUAUUAGGCGAAAUCAGAAAUGGGAAUUUUUUUCAAAAGUCCUUUAAUUUACCUGAUGACUUCACCAGGUACUUACAAAAUCCAAGUGGUUUUAAUACCUAGAAAACUAAGUUCCAAAACGACCUACAGAAAUGUAAACCCUCAUUUGUCAAAGGCUCUUGGGUGGAUCUGCAGCCCAGGGUGGCCUGGCCGUGCCUCGGGCCAGGUGCAUGUGGUCACUGGGUGCAGCUGGAGGGAUGGACCGACGGACAACAGCCCGAAGGUUUGCCCCUUGGAGCAGGACUGCCAAGCUCACGUGCACAAGCCUCCUUCCGCCUCCGUGUCCAGCCCUCGUCCUGUGUGUCUGUGUGAGGUUGAAAAAUAAAGCUUCCCAUGUCA